AUGGAUACUACACUUGAGAUUUAUUCACUACCUCAAUUACAAAAUAGAAUUAAGAAGGAUCCUGGAGCUUAUUGGCCAGAUUUUGAGCUACAGUUACAACAUUUUUACUCAACUUUAGAUAUGUUUCGAUUAAAUCCUAGAAAUAUUCCUAAAGAUUUUCUACAAUUAACUAUUUUUAUUGCUCAUACAUCUCCCUACUAUGCAAAACAGGGAAUAUGCGAAGUAUUUAUUAAUAAAUUAGUGUUUGAAUUAAAAGAAAAUGGAUCUAUUUUAUCUCCUGGAAUAAGAAACUCUUUUGUUGGAUCUUUGAUACUUUUAUGUAAUCAGAGGAUCAUUGAUAUUUUAUUUUUAUUACCAUUAUGGUUUGAUCUAAUGAGAUUACCAGAUCGUGCAUUACGUAGUAAGUUAUUGAAGCAUACAACACUUUGUAUAAUAUCUGCAAACAAAACUAUGUCCUCAAAAAUGAGACGUAAGAAAAUGAUAAAAACGAAGAUUAUAAAUACUUCAUUUACUACAACAUCAAAUUUGAGUAUAGUUACUGGUUUAUCAUCUAAUAUAAAACCCAAUUGUUAUAAUAAAUCUACUUUAUUUAAUUUAUCAAAAUUCAAUAAUACAAUCUUGAAAAAUUUAAGAGAACGAUUAAGUAAUUCAAUAGAUACUAGUAGAGCUCUGGCAAUAUUAAUGGAAGUUUAUAGACAGAAUACUUGGAAAAAUGAAAUAACAGUUAAUAUUAUUGCUAACUGUUGUAUAGAAUCAAAUUCAUCAAAAAUUGUAGCUACUGCAAGUAGAUUUAUUUUAGGUAAAUAUUGGAGUAUAGAAGAUUUUGAUAAUGAAACAGAUGAUGAUGAAGCAACAGAAAUGACUGCAGAAGCAAAUCGUGCAAUGAGAUCAGCACUAAUAGGUAUGAGCAGUCAAAGUAAGAAGAAAAAGCUUGAAAAGGCAAAGAUUGCAUUAAAAAAAGCAGAGAAAUUUAAUAAGAAGAAAUUACAGGAUAAUUCAAGUAUUAAUCAAUGUAUUGAUAUGAUUAUUGAUCCACAAACAUUUGCAGAAAAUUUAUUUCGACGUGUAGGGCGUCAUAGUGAUCCAUUUGAAGUACGCCUUGUAUUAAUUGAAUUAAUAUCCAAAUUGAUUGAAAGACAUAAGUUAAUAGUAUUGAAUUUUUAUACAUUUUUAGCAAGAUAUUUAUCUCCUAAUAAUAGGAAUGUGACAUCAAUACUUUCGUAUUUAUCACAAGCAUGUCAUGAACUUAUACCACCAGAAGAAUUGUCAAUUAUCAUUAAGACUUUGAUGGAUAAUUUUGUAAAUGAAUGUAAAAGUCCAGAGGCAAUUACAAUUGGUUUAAAUUAUAUACGUGAAAUAUGUCAAAGGAUUCCCCAAGCAUUAGAUAAAGAUAAACUGGCUGAUCUUGUAGGUUUUCGUACAAUGAAUAAUAAGAGUGUUUCAUCAGCAGCAAAAGCUUUAAUUAAUUUGUAUAGACAAAUUGCACCAAGUAUGCUUCACCGUUCUUUAUUAAAUAAAACUGCCGCAGUUAAUUUGCAAAAUGGCAAAGUACAAGAAUUGCAAUAUGGACAACUGAACUUGGAGACUUCUAUAGAUGGUAUAGAAUUACUAAAUUUGUACAAGAAAAGAACUAAGGGUAAAGAUGACUAUAAAGAAGAUUAUGAAGAUGAAGAAGUUUGUGAAUCAGAAGUAUAUGAAGAAGAUCUUGAGGAAUUGAACAGUGAUGAUGGUGACGACAAUAAUAAUGAAGAUUAUAUAGAAUUACAAUAUGAUCAUGAUAGAAUUUCUGAAUAUUCUGAUAUUGAUUCAAAUUCAGUUGAUCUUUACAAAAAAAUAUCUAGUAAUUUAAAUAUUGCAACUGAAGAGAUUUUGGGACAAGAAGACUUUAAACUAAUUAAAAAACUAAAGGCUAGAGUUGGUGCUACUGAAGCAUUGGGUAUAAAACAAGAUAAUAUACCUAUUUGUUCAGAUCUAUCAGAAUCUUCAGAAUCUGAAAAUGAAGAUAAUCAAGACUCAUCUAUAACUGAAGAACAAAUUUUUAAAUUCCAAGGUAAACAGAGCCGUGAAAAGAGAAUUGCUAGUAUUCUUAAAGGACGCCAAGAUAGAGAAUCAUUUAAAGAAAAAAGAAAGAGAGAAUCUGAAAGUAAGAAGCAAAGUAUUCCCCAGAUUGUAAAGAAUAGAAAUAAACCAAUGAUGAUGGUUAUUAAAGAUCGAUUAAUUAGGAAGAAACGUAGUGAAGAUGCAGGUGUAAAGAUGAGAAGACUUAGAAGUCAUAUUAAAAAUUUAAAGAAACGUACUGGUGGAAAGAAAAGAUUUAGGAAACAAUAA